UGUAGCAAUUGAUCGGGACACUAUUUUCCUUAAAAUAUUACUAUAAUUUACCUUAAAUACGCUGGGCAGCACGUGUGAUAAAGGGUGAUAUUACAUCUGCCAAACAGAGCGUGAAUAUUCUGAAACAGAAACUGAAACAAGAAGAAAGACAAAAAGCCUUUUUUUGUUUUACACAAGCAGGCUUACACCGUCCAACAAGGAGGGGAUCGGUACAGAAAUGGCGUCAAUCUCAGCAACAAAAUGGAAACCUGCUCUCACAGCCAUCAUUGAAGAGCUGGAUCCUGAACAGUACGAAAAGAUGCUGGGAUUUAUGGAAGAAAUGCCUAAAGGUCAGAGGACCUCGAAAUCCAGAGAGCAGAUGGCCCAAAUGAUUAUUGAGCACUAUGGAGAAAAGAAGUCCAUCCUUGAAAUCCGUGAUGUAAUGGCAAUGAUACCCAGAAAUGACCCUAAAGUCCAAGAUCUGCUGCGCCCCUUCCUGAAAAAACAGAAAGAAGAGGAAAAAGAGAACAAGAAGGUUCAUGAGUCGGAGGAUGAGGAGAUGCAGUAUGACUCUGAUGGCAUGAAGAGCCCCCAGACUGACAAGGAGAUAAAUAUUCCAGGCUGGAGACAAAGCAUCAAAGACUUGAAGAUCAACGGUUACCUUGACCGAAAGGUCAUUGCUGGGAAAGUUGUGCAGAAAUCUGGUCUGCGUACGUACAAAACAAAAGAAAAGGUGAAGAAGUUUUUCUACCAACUGGCAGUCACUGAUGAGACAGACUACGUCAAAGUGAUGGUUUACGGGAAAGAGCGCUUUAAAGAUUUUCAAGAAGGUCACUUCUACAACUUCAGAAAUGUCAUCAUGGAUGAGAAGCCUGCUGUCAUGAAAGUUACCCAAAACACCAACCAUUCAAAGGCCGGUAAGUUGGACAUCCCCCAGGAUUUGGAGCUGGAAGCCCAGGUGAUCAUUUACAACAGUCCAGUUUGUUCCAUCGAGAACUGAUAACCUCUGACGACAACACUGGAGUCAGCGUUGAAGGGACCGUGAAGGAGAUUGGUUCGUGCAGAAAGGUCAAGCGGAAGAACAUACGCAGGAAGAUAACUAUCCAGAAGCUCAGACUUGAAGAUGAAACUGGUUCCAUCUGGAUCACCUUGUGGGAUGAAAAUAUGCAGCAGCUCAGAGGAACAUCGGUUGGAGACUUCGUCAGGGUGCUCAACCUCAAGACCAAAGACUACAAUGACGUUGUGUCCCUGAACUCCACUGACUCCACUAGAAUUAUCAAGGUGCAAAGUGCUUCUGACCAGACGGUUACCAUGGAGAUUAUCGGCUUCGUGAAAGCCGGAAAAGUAAACAGCGAGGUGGAAGCACAGAUCAACAACCAGGUGGAGGUGUUUGAGGUGAAUACUUCGGUGCUAGCUGAAGCGUUGGGCAUCAAACUGAGCGGCGACAUUGAAGUGGAGCUCCUGGAAAAAAUUCCCGUUUCUCUGGAAGCAAAAAUACGUGGAAACAAGAUACUGAAGCUUAAAGCUGCCCAAUAGUAAUAAAAGCAGUCGGGUGGCUUCAGUUUUUCUCCCGUUUCUUUUGUUAAAGGUCUCAUUUUCUGCUUUUGGAGCACCACAGUCCGUAACUCUUCUAUUUCUCUGUGCUGCGGUGAGCACUGUGGUCACUGUAUUCUCUCGCAACUCCCCCUUGACUGCGUUUCUGAAGUGAGUCCCAUCUAAGGCCUGGAUUUUUUCAUAACCUGUACGUCCAAAACAUCAUGGUUUCUUUGUUUUUUUUUUGGGACCACUAACAUUUUAAUCUUGAAUUUUCUGACUGAAAUAAAUCUGUGAUUCUCCUGAUUAUUGGUCCUUUGUUGUCUUAAUAUGUUUUUUAAUUAAACUAUUGUUUGUGUUUUAA